UCUCUCUGCGAAAAUGGUAUUAUUCCCUUAUUCUCUUUCUUUGAUGUUUCCCAUUCUUGUUCUGCAAUUAGAGUUUAUUCUUCAAGUCAUAGUAAUGCAUCCAUUUCUGCAAAGGGUAAACUUGGGUUAAAUAGCAAGAUUGAGAAUGUCAAGUGUUUAGAUGAUGCUGUUACUCUCUUCCAUCAAUUGGUUAGAAUGAAGCCUCUUCCUUCAGUUGUCAGUUUCUCUAAAUUAUUUAAGACUAUGCUAGAUAUGAAACAUUACUCUGCUGUUGUUUUCCUUUUUCGAGAAAUGCAGAAAUUGGGUAUCCCAAUUUAUGGAGUCAUCUUGAAUAGCGUGAUUAAUGAUUAUUGCCUGAUGCAUCGUGUUGACUGUGCAUUUUCGGUAUUACCCAUUUACUUGAAGAAUGGCAUUCCAUUUAAUGUUGUCACCUUUAACACCCUAAUUAGGGGAAUCUUUGCUGAAAAUAAGGUUAAAGAUGCGGUUGAAUUGUUCAAAAAGUUGGUUAGAGAGAAGAUUUGUGAGCCCAACGAAGUCACGUAUGCAACCGUCAUGAAUGGGCUUAGUAAAAGGGGUCAUACUGAGAAGACUUUGAGUUUGCUCCUGUUAAUGGAACAAGGGAGGACUAAGCCAGACAUAAAGAACUACAGCAUUGUGAUAGAUGCUCUUUGCAAAGAUAGAAACUUAGAUGCUGCUAUCAGCCUUCUGAACGAGAUGAAGCAGAAAGGUAUUCCUCCGAACAUUGUCACAUAUAAUUCAUUAAUUGAUGGUUUGUGUAAGCUUGGUCAGUGGGAAAAGGUUAAGACUUUGUUCGCUGAGAUGGUGAACCUUAAUACUUAUCCAAAUGUGCGCACCUUUAACAUAAUUAUAGAUGGACUAUGCAAAGAAGGGAAAGUUGAAGAUGCCGAGGAAGUACUGAGACACAUGACCCAUAAAGGCGUAGAGCCUAAUUUGAUCACUUAUAAUGCGAUAAUGGAUGGAUAUUGUUUGUGUGGUCAACUUGAUAGAGCGAGGAGAAUGUUUGAUAUCAUGAUUGAUAAGUGCAUUGAGCCUGACAUUAUUAGCUAUAGCAUACUAAUAAAUGGAUACUGUAAGAAAAAGAAAAUGGUUGAGGCAAUGCAAUUGUUUCAUGAAAUUUCUCAAAAGGGAUUAAAACCUGAUAUCUUUACCUACACUACUAUUAUGCAAGGUCUAUGUGAAGUUGGAAGAAUUGGCUUUGCAAAAGAAUUCUUUGAUGAGAUGCUAUCAACGGGGCCCAUACCUAAUUUAUACACUCAUUGCACUUUGCUCAAUGGUUAUUUUAAGCACGGAUUUGUUGAAGAAGCUAUGUCACACUUUAAUAAGUUGGAAAGUGAGAUAGAAUAUACUAGUAUCGUAUUUUACGGUGUUGUGAUUAAUGGAUUGUGCAAAAAUGGUAAACUCCAUGAAGCUUCUGCGAUUUUCGAGAAGGUUUCUUUAAUGGGAUUGCUUCCGGAUGUGAGAAUAUACACUACUUUGAUAAAUGGAUUUUGUCGAGAAGGGUUGUUGGAUGAAGCUAAAGCUAUGCUUAGAAAAAUGGAGGACAAUGGUUAUUUGCCAAACAAUGUCACAUACAACGUUCUUGUGCAAGGAUUUCUCAGGUGCAGCAAAAUUAGCGAAAUGGCAGCUUUCAUGAAGGAAAUGACUGGAAGGGGCUUCUCAUUUGAUGCAAGUACGUCUGAGAUUCUGGUAAAGGUUAUAAGCGUGAAUCCUUCCGUUCUUGACAUGAUACCAGAGCUUUACUCGGAAACUAAGAAGUGAAUAUUUCUUUCGCUUGGUUUAUUUGGCUCUACUAUCGCUAUGGUACAAUUUCGGAUUACUAUCUGCAAAAGAAAUUGUAUCCACUGCAAUUAUGCAAGCUGAAGAAAUUACAAUUAAAACAACGUUUGCGCUUUCCAGGCUUUCCAGGCUGGCUUAUUGAGGAGAACAGGCUCAUCAUGGUCACAACAGAAACUAAAGUUCUGCAAGCGAUGCAACUGAUAACAAAAAACUGCAGCAGGCUCAUUCUUGUUGUUGUUCGUUGGAGAUGUUGGUCGUCUCGAUGCAAGUGAGCGUAGGGAUGAGCUCAACCGUUUAAAUGCCUUACAUACGAGGAGGUUAUUAGAUGACAAUGACAAGAAAUAAACGGAUCAUAUGGCCUUGAUCUUGUAAAUCUCAACAUUCUUGGGUCUGCUAAACUGCUUGUGCUGUUUAGUGUGCUUAUGACUAGCAGUUGUUUAAUAUUGACAUAUUCUUCCAGUAAGCUCAAGAUGUUUUCUGUGUUAGCACAAUGCUGAAAACAAUAGCCAUUUGUGACAGAUAUUUUUUAGCAUGACUGGUUUAAAGUGGGUCAUGCCAGAAUCUUCAAUCCUAGUUCAUACUUUGUUCUUUAGGCUUUUAAACGCUUCAACAUGUAUUCAGAACAACCUUCCAUGAUUGUACUUUGCCAGGUGUA